GCGUUUGCCGGUGCUCAGGGUACCCGCAGGGAUGGGGAAAGCCCGCCAGGCCUGUGGUACUUCCCAGGGGCCGUCGUCUCACUAGGGCCCCCUGGUGGCGGUAGGAUGCACCUCUCAGCGGUGUUAAACGCCCUGCUGGUGUCGGUGCUGGCGGCAGUCCUAUGGAAACAUGUGCGCCUGCGCGAGCAUGCGGCCACCCUGGAGGAGGAGCUGGCCCUCAGCAGACAGACCCCAGAGGCUGCCCCCGCGCAUAGGAUCGACUACCCGAAGGCACUGCAGAUCCUGAUGGAGGGCGGCACGCACAUGGUGUGCACCGGCCGCACGCACACGGACCGCAUCUGCCGCUUCAAGUGGCUCUGCUACUCCAACGAGGCCGAGGAGUUCAUCUUCUUCCACGGCAACACCUCCGUCAUGCUGCCCAACCUGGGCUCCCGGCGCUUCCAGCCAGCCCUGCUCGACCUGUCCACCGUGGACGACCACAACACCCAGUACUUCAACUUCGUGGAGCUGCCGGCCGCCGCCCUGCGCUUCAUGCCCAAGCCUGUGUUCGUGCCCGACGUGGCCCUCAUCGCCAACCGCUUCAACCCCGACAACCUCAUGCACGUCUUCCACGACGACCUGCUGCCUGUCUUCUACACGCUGCGGCAGUUUCCCGGCCUGGCCCGCGAGGCCCGGCUCUUCUUCAUGGAGGGCUGGGGCGAGGGCGCACACUUCGACCUCUACAAGCUUCUCAGCCCCAAGCAGCCUCUCCUGCGCGCACAGCUGAAGGCCCUGGGCCGGCUGCUGUGCUUCUCCCAGGCUUUCGUGGGCCUCUCCAAGAUCACCACCUGGUACCAGUACGGCUUCGUCCAGCCCCAGGGCCCCAAGGCCAACAUCCUCGUUUCAGGCAAUGAGAUCCGGCAGUUCGCGCGCUUCAUGACGGAAAAGCUGAAUGUGAGCCGCGCAGGCGCCCCCCUCGGCGAGGAGUACAUCCUGGUCUUCAGCCGCACCCAGAACAGGCUCAUCCUGAAUGAGGCGGAGCUGCUGCUGGCGCUGGCCCAGGAGUUCCAGAUGAAGACAGUGACGGUGUCCCUGGAGGACCAUACCUUUGCGGAUGUUGUGCGGCUGGUCAGCAACGCCUCCAUGCUGGUCAGCAUGCACGGGGCCCAGCUGGUCACGGCCCUUUUCCUGCCCCGUGGGGCAACCGUGGUGGAGCUCUUCCCGUACGCUGUCAAUCCUGACCACUACACGCCCUAUAAGACGCUGGCCACGCUGCCUGGCAUGGACCUCCACUAUGUAGCCUGGCGCAACGUGGUGCCAGAGAAUACGGUCACGCACCCUGAGCGGCCCUGGGACCAGGGCGGCAUCGCCCACCUGGACCGGGCGGAGCAGGCGCGCAUCCUGCAAAGCCGUGAGGUCCCGCGGCAUCUCUGUUGCCGGAACCCCGAGUGGCUCUUUCGAAUCUACCAGGACACCAAAGUGGACAUCCCGUCCCUCAUCCAAACCGUACGGCGCGUGGUGAGGGGUCGGCCGGGGCCGCGGAGGCAGAAGUGGACCGUCGGCCUAUACCCAGGCAAGGUACGGGAGGCGCGGUGCCAGGCGUCGGUGCAGGGCGCCUCGGAGGCCCGCCUCACCGUCUCCUGGCAGAUCCCAUGGAACCUCAAGUACCUGAAGGUGCGGGAGGUGAAGUACGAGGUGUGGCUGCAGGAGCAGGGGGAGAACACCUACGCGCCUUACAUCCUGGCCCUGCAGAACCACACCUUCACCGAGAACAUCAAGCCCUUCACUACCUACCUGGUGUGGGUGCGCUGCAUCUUCAACAAGAGCCUCCUGGGGCCAUUCGCAGACGUGCUUGUGUGCAGCACGUAGCGCGCGUGCUGAGGCCAGGCCGUGGGAGGCGGCCCCUCCGGCUCAGCGUCCCGGGGUGGCUUCUGGGAAUUGUUUAUUUAUUUCUUGAGCAGGCCUGCCCCAGGCCUGUGCGUCCGUGUCUUCUUACUGUAUCUGGGGUGUGGGGUUCUCAGCGCUCCUGUGUGCGCUGGUAGGAUGGGACGCCACCCCACACCUCCUCCCAUCCUGGGCAUCCCCCGGAGGAGGUCCUAAGGGGAGGGGGAGGGGGAGGAGAAGAACGAAGGGAGGCAAGAAUCCCGAGGAACCUCUCUGGUUGAGUGAUCAUGCUGUCCCUACCGAGUCCUGCUGGUUGGCACCCAGGUUUCUGGAAACUGCGAGGAACCAUUUAGUGGUUUGGGUGGGUGGUUCCUCGGCUCCCAUCACCAUGAAAUUCGUCUGUAGCCCAGUGAAGGUGUGCUUGGAACAUUCAUUAAAUGAUUAUAAACACCUUG